AUGGCUGCAUCAGCAGCGACAUCAGUGGACAGACUAAUGCAGAAGGAGAAACCUCAAGGGGUCUCAAUUCCAGACGAAGAACUACAGACAACUAAUGACUGCACAGAAUACCUGCUGAUUCAGAAUGGGUCCUUUUCUAAUUGCUUUGAGUGCUCAUGGGCGCUCAUUUUGGCUCUCGGCCAAGCAUCCAGUCAUCAGAGAAGAUUAUCCUUCCACACCCUGCUGAGAAGAGAGUCGGAGACUAGUUCUUCUGACUCAGGUACCACCAUGGAAGAAGGGUCAGAAGAGACUGAGAGGCAGAGUGAAGAGGACAGGGUUGAAACGGUGUCUUCCAGCCAUGACAGGACUCCUCCACUCACACUCUCACGGCAGCUGCGGCUGCCUGCACAAGAUCAAAAUAGUCAACACUCCAGACUGGAGAGGGAGGGGCUCACAAGCGCCUACCCCUACCUGAGGAGCUGUGGACGGCUGGCAGCUCUGGAGGAGGACAGUUGCUUUUCCUUGAGGCCUCCAUCCUAUCCUUGUAAAGCCCAAACAUGCCUAAUCUCAGCAAAGUCUCCUCAGGCCUCAGUAAAUCCCAAGCCCAGCCCAGAGUCUGAAAGCAGGCUGCUGCUUGUUCUGGGAUCUUCUCCAGCCCCACCCUGCCAUCUUUCUCCACCCACCGCCCCCACCUACACCCAGUCCACACCCAGAGACUUUGUCAAGUUGCCAGCCCAGCACAUUAAGCCAACACAAAUUCUCACUUGCAGAGAGGUGCUAUCCGGGUUUCCUAUCCUCUUCCUCAAAAGACUGAUGGCAUGUUUUAAAGCCACGAAAGACUUCAUAUACAUUAGGGUUGCAGCUGUUGUGAUGAGCCUCACCGUGGUGCUUGAAGUUAACAGUGAAUUUCAAGUCCAGGUAAGAGACUAUAAUGCGAAAAAUGGUACCAUUAAGUGGCACUCCAACAGAAGACAGAAACGUGAAUGGAUCAAGUUUGCCGCAGCUUGUCGGGAAGGUGAAGACAACUCAAAGAGAAACCCAAUUGCCAAAAUUCAUUCUGACUGUGCCGCAAACCAGCAAGUGACUUACCGAAUCUCUGGAGUAGGAAUCGACCAGCCACCUUAUGGAAUCUUCAUUAUUAAUCAGAAAACUGGCGAAAUCAAUAUAACAUCCAUCGUUGAUCGGGAAGUCACCCCCUUUUUCAUCAUCUAUUGCCGAGCAUUGAAUGCACAAGGUCAAGAUUUGGAGAACCCACUGGAGCUAAAAGUUAAAAUUUUGGAUAUAAAUGACAACGCUCCUGUGUUUUCCAUGACUACAUUCGUAGGACAAAUAGAAGAAAAUUCUAAUGCAAACACGUUGGUCAUGGUACUCAACGCUACCGAUGCAGAUGAGCCGAAUAACUUGAACUCGAUCAUCGCUUUCAAGAUUGUAAGUCAGGAACCUUCGGACUCACCAAUGUUCAUCAUCAACAGAAAGAAUGGAGAAAUCCGAACAAUGAAUAAUUUCCUAGACCGAGAGCAAUAUAGCCAGUAUUCUCUUGUCGUGAGAGGCUCAGACCGUGAUGGUGGAGCAGACGGCAUGUCUGCAGAAUGCGAGUGCAACAUCAGAAUCCUGGACGUCAAUGACAACAUCCCAUACUUGGAGCAGUCAUCUUAUGACAUCAGCAUUCAAGAAAAUGAACUGCACUCACAGCUAAUGCAGAUCAGAGUCAUUGAUCUGGAUGAGGAGUUCUCAGACAACUGGAAGGCAGUCAUUUUUUUCAUCUCUGGAAAUGAAGGAAAUUGGUUUGAAAUAGAAAUGAACGAAAGAACAAAUGUAGGAAUUCUAAAGGUUGUCAAGCCCCUAGAUUAUGAAGCCAUGAAGAAUCUGCAACUUAGUAUUGGUGUUCGAAAUGUAGCUGAAUUCCAUCAGUCAAUUAUUUCUCAAUAUAGACUCACAGCAACUAUGAUCACUGUGACUGUGUUAAAUGUAAUUGAGGGCUCAGUGUUCCGGCCAGGUUCAAAGACAUUUGUAGUAAACAGUAAAAUGGGAGCAAAUUACAAAGUGGGAGACUUUGUAGCUACCGACCUGGACACUGGUCUACAGUCAACAAAUGUUAGAUAUGUAAUGGGAAAUAACCCGGCUGACCUCCUGGCUGUUGGCUCAAGAACAGGCAUAAUAACUUUAAGAAACAGAGUUACUAUGGAACAAUACCAAAUGCUUAAUGGGAGAUAUGAAGGAACAAUACUAUCAAUAGAUGAUAGUCUCCAAAGGACCUGCACCGGAACAGUCAUCAUUGAUCUUAGUGGCUCUGGCUGGGUGACAAGCACAGAUCAAAAUACAGAAGAUGGAGGCAGUACAGGAGGUGGAGGCAGUACAGGAGGUGGAGGCAGCACAGGAGGUGGAGGCAGCACAGGAGGUGGAGGCAGCACAGGAGGUGGCACAAGUGGAAAUACUUCCACUGAGCAAACUACAGGAUCAUGGGACAAUGGUGGCAGUGGCGGAAAUGGCGGCACUGGUGAUGAUACCUACGAUAAUGGUGACGGUAGCCGUCAAAGAGUCCCUGGAGACAACGUUCACUUUGGUCCUGCCGGGAUCGGGCUGCUCAUCAUGGGGUUCUUAGUCCUAGGAUUGGUCCCAUUCUUGUUGCUCUGCUGUGAUUGUGGAGGUGCCCCUGGUGGUGGAGCUGGCUUUGAGCCUGUUCCAGAAUGUUCUGAUGGUGCAAUUCACACAUGGGCAGUAGAAGGCCCACAGCCUGAACCCCACGAUGGUAUAACUACUAUCUGUGUGCCACAAAUGCCACCCGGUAAUGCCAAUAUUAUAGAGUGUAUUGACAACUCAGGAGUUUAUACAAAUGAGUAUUGUGGCAGAGAAAUGCAAGAUCUGGGAGGAGGAGAAAGAACUACAGGAUUUGAACUGAUGGAUGGAGUUAAAACAUCAGCCGCACCUGAGAUAUGCCAAGAAUAUUCAGGAACGUUAAGAAGAAAUUCAAUGAGAGAAUGUAGAGACGGAGGUCUCAAUAUGAAUUUCAUGGAAAGUUACUUCUGUCAGAAAGCUUAUGCUUAUGCGGAUGAAGAUGAAGGACGCCCAUCCAACGACUGUUUGCUCAUCUAUGACAUUGAAGGUGUAGGUUCCCCUGCAGGCUCCGUGGGCUGUUGCAGCUUCAUUGGAGAAGAUUUAGAUGAGAGCUUCCUGGAUACCUUGGGGCCCAAGUUUAAGAAGUUGGCCGACAUCAGCCUGGGAAAAGAUAUAGACUCAUAUCAAGGUCCCGAGCCUUCUUGGCCUCCUCAGAGCACUGAACCAGUGUGCCCCCAGCAAACAGAGCCCCUUACUAGUGGACACCCACCCAUCUCCCCACAUUUUGGCACUACCACAGUAAUUUCUGAGAACACCUACCCCUCUGGCCCUGGUGUACAGCAUCCUAUGCAGAUUCCUGACCCUCUAGGCUAUGGUAAUGUCACUGUGAUGGAGUCAUAUGCCACCUCUGGCACUCUGAAGCCCUCUGUCCACUUUCAUGAUAACAGACAGGCUUCAAAUGUGGUGGUGACAGAGAGGGUGGUGGGCCCCAUCUCUGGUGCUGAUUUGCAUGGGAUGUUAGAGAUACCCGACUUAAGAGAGGGAUCAAAUGUCAUAGUGACAGAAAGGGUAAUAGCCCCAGGCUCAAGUCUACCCACCUCUCUGACCAUUCCCAACCCUAGAGAGUCUUCAAAUGUGGUUGUGACAGAAAGAGUGAUCCAACCAACUUCCACCAUGAUGGGCAACCUGAGCAUGUCCCCUGAGUUAUCAAAUGCCCACAACGUGAUUGUGACAGAGAGGGUGGUUUCUGGUGGCGGUGUAAGUGGAAUUAGUGGCACCGCUGGGAUAGGUGGCGGCAUUGGAGGUAUAGGCAGCAGCGGCCUGGUGAGCACAACCAUGGGUGCUAGUGGCGGGGGUCUGAGUGGCAUGGGUGGGACAGCCACUAUCGGCCACAUGAGGAGUUCUGACCAUCACUUUAGCCAGACAGUUGGAUCUGCCUCCCCUAGCAUGGCUCGAAGUCGAAUAACGAAGUAUAGUACGGUACAGUAUACCAAGUAG